AUGGGGGGAAUAGUCCAGAUGCACUUCACCACGGUGGACUAUGUCAUUUUUGCGUUGCUAUUGGUGGCUUCAGCUGGUAUCGGUUUAUUUUAUGCCUUCUCCGGUGGACGCCAGCGUACAACACAAGAGUUCCUGAUGGCUGACCGCUCAAUGAGCUGGCUACCUGUUUCUCUGUCACUGCUCGCCACUUUCCAGUCAGCGGUGGCAAUUCUGGGCGCGCCCUCUGAAGUGUACACGUUUGGGACGCAGUACUGGUUCCUGGGCUGCUCAUACUUCCUGGGACUCCUCAUCCCAGCCCAUGUUUUUAUACCGGUCUUUUACAGGCUGAGGCUUUCCAGCGCAUAUGAGUAUCUGGAGCUGCGAUUUAACAAGACAGUCCGUAUAUGUGGAACGAUGACCUUCAUCUUUCAGAUGGUCAUCUAUAUGGGGGUUGUCCUUUAUGCACCGGCUUUGGCACUCAAUGCAGUCACUGGUUUUGAUCUAUGGGGAGCAGUGCUUGCCAUGGGACUUGUGUGCACUCUCUAUACCUCUCUGGGGGGCCUAAAGGCAGUGAUGUGGACCGAUGUCUUCCAGACAGUGGUAAUGUUUGCUGGGCAGCUUGCGGUUAUCAUUGUAGGAGCACACCAGGCAGGAGGAAUUGCAGAGGUCUGGAGGAAAGCCGUGAACGGCAGCCGCAUUGCAGGACUAGACCUCAACCCAGACCCUUUGGAGCGUCACACCUUUUGGACAUUGGGAGUGGGUGGAAUAUUCCUGAUGCUGGCUCUGUAUGGGGUCAAUCAGGCCCAAGUUCAGAGAUACCUCAGUUCUCGCACGGAGAAAGAGGCUAUUAUGUCGUGCUAUGUUGUUUUCCCAUGCCAACAGAUCGUCCUGUGUUUAGGAUGUUUGAUGGGGCUGGUUAUGUUCGCUCGCUAUGGAGAAGACAGCCCGUUAGAUAAGGGUUAUGUCAAAACAAAUGAUCAGAUGGUGUUAUACUUUGUGAUGGACGUAUUUAAGGAUCUGCCUGGCCUCCCAGGACUGUUUGUUGCCUGUCUCUUCAGUGGAGCUCUCAGUACUAUCUCUUCAGCCUUCAACUCCCUGGCAACAGUAACCAUGGAAGAUCUAAUUAAACCUCAUUUUCCCAACAUGAAUGAGUCGAAAGCUACACUACUGUCCAAAGGAUUGGCGCUGGCCUACGGCCUGGUAUGUCUGGCCAUGGCUUACCUCGCCUCUGUAAUGGGAUCUGUGUUGCAGGCAGCCUUAAGCAUCUUUGGUAUGGUGGGUGGUCCCCUGCUAGGACUCUUUUGCCUGGGGAUGUUUUUCCCUUGGGCCAACUCCAUUGGGGCUUUGGUUGGAUUAGCAGCAGGGCUCGCCAUGGCCUUCUGGAUUGGCAUUGGCAGUUUUGUAAUGCGUCUGCCUAGUGCUGUGCCACCGCUCAGUACUGCCACGCAACCCCCUUUUGUGAACAUGACUACUACAGUCAUGACCUCAUUGAUCAAUGGCACCACAACCAAACCUAGGCCGACAGGUGUUGACGCAAUCUAUUCAUUGUCCUAUAUGUGGUACAGUGCUCACAACUCCACCACUGUGGUGGUAGUGGGACUCCUCGUCAGUCUGCUUACAGGACCAAUGAAGGAGAAGCAACUGACCCCUGGAACAGUGUACCCCGUCUUGGGAAAUCUGCUUUUCUUUCUGCCUGAACGCUACAGAGAGAAACUCUGUUGCAUCACUCCUCUAGCGCAAAAGGUAACCACGCUAAGUGCAUGCUUAGUAAGAAAAGGAGCAAAUGGAGAGGCUUACUGCAAAGAGGACAUGGUCACCGAGGACAAAGAAAUGGAGAGUGACGGCGUGCAGACGGAAGAUGAGGAAAGCAAGGCGGCUCUCCCAUCGUGCAAGCUAACUGCUCACUGCGUGGAAGAAACGGCCCUCUGA